UGCAGGACUGUUUUGUUCUACGAAAAGACACUACAUGCUAUAAAUUAACCUCAAAAGGCUCCUUCCAUUUUUAUUUUAUCUCCCCAAAGCCCCUCAAAAGAACAAAGAGAAUGAAGACAACAACGUUGUUGUUGCCGCCGCUUGUCUUCUUCAUUCUCUUCUCUCUCUCGUCCCCCUCAGCAUUGUCUCUCCGCCAUGGAUCCCGGCAAAUCCGAGCUCUGACCCAACACUACAAGGCUAAACGGAGCAGCAAUUCCGGCAUUGACACCACCACCCACUUCACCUCUGAAAUUUACAGCGAACUCGAUUCUCUCAUCCUUCCCCAAGAAGGGCUCAAGGAGAAAGAUCGGAUCGAACGGUUGCCGGGGCAGCCGACGGUCCGGUUCGACCAGUACGGCGGCUAUGUCACCGUCGAUGAGGCCGCCGGACGAGCCUUCUUCUAUUACUUCGCUGAAGGGUACAGUAAGAAAGAGUCUUUGCCUCUCCUUCUCUGGCUUAAUGGAGGUCCUGGAUGUUCCUCUCUCGCCUAUGGGGCAAUGCAAGAACUGGGACCUUUCAGAGUCCUUAGCGAUGGCAAAACACUUUUCCAAAAUAAAUUUGCAUGGAAUCAUGGUGCAAAUGUGUUGUUCUUGGAGUCUCCGGCGGGCGUAGGGUUUUCCUACUCCAACACAACAUCAGAUUUUGAGAAAGGGGGAGACAAAAAAACAGCGAAAGAUAAUUACAUAUUCUUGUUGAAUUGGCUAGAAAGGUUUCCAGAAUACAAAGACAGGGAUUUCUACAUAGCUGGUGAGAGCUAUGCUGGGCACUAUGUGCCACAAUUGGCACACACCAUUCUUACUCACAACCUCCAUGCUAACAAGACCAUCAUCAACCUCAAAGGAAUCCUGAUCGGAAACGCAGUGGUGCAUGACGAGGAAGACUCUAAAGGGAUGUACCAAUACUUCGCGAGCCAUGCACUCAUCUCCGACGAAACAUUAGACCAAAUAUUGAAGUACUGCAGCUUUUCAGAGGGCAGUGAUGAUGACAAACAAUCAACGAAGUGCGGUGCGGCGAUGGAGAUAGUAGGUCACAACACUGGGGUAAUCGAUAUAUACAACAUAUAUGCUCCCUGGUGCAAAGAUACCAACCUCACCGCCAAGCCCAACAAGCCCUCUCUAGUGAUAGAUCCAUGCAGCGAUUACUAUGUUUACGCGUACCUGAAUCGCCCCGAUGUUCAGAAGGCACUCCAUGCCAAUGUUACCAAAAUGCAAUAUGAUUGGGAACCUUGCAGUGAUGUGCUCAGAGAUUGGGUAGACAGUGCAUUCACAGUAAUUCCAUUGAUAGAAGACUUGAUGUCAAAUGGAAUAAGAGUUUGGAUAUUUAGCGGUGACAUAGAUGGAAGGGUUCCUGUGACAUCAACAAAGAACUCGUUGAAGAAGAUGAAGGUGAGUCCAAAGAGCGAGUGGCAUCCAUGGUUCUUAGACGGAGAGGUUGGGGGAUAUGCACAGAAGUUCGAAAGAAAUCUGACAUUCGCAACAGUACGAGGAGCAGGGCAUCAAGUCCCAAGUUACCAGCCCGCAAGAGCCCUUUCACUGCUUUUGCAUUUCGUCUCAGGAACCGACCUACGCGAUUCUAGCAGACACUCAUAACUACCUCGAUCUCCAUUUAUCCAUUACACUCUUCAAUUCAUCUCCCAUCCAAUAUCACUAGUAAUAAUUUAUUCUUAGUCGUUGCUGCAAUUACUUCACAGAAGCCUCUAUUUCCAAUCGCAAAUAGCAUACAAAGAAGAUGAAAAAGAGGGAAUUCAACUCUACUCUUUCCCCGUGGCCAUAUAUAGAGAAGAGAAAGUGUUUUUAAUUUGGCCUUUUGCCGUUGUCAGUGUUUCGAAUAAAUGUCUUAAUUAAGACGACGUCGUUUCCGUUAGCUAGCUAGAUGUAAUGUUGACCGUUGCAACCUAGCCGCCUAAAGAAGAAGAAGGAGGUGGCAAAGGAUCUGCAUGGGACAUUAAUUACCUUAGCUUAGCUUGUUAGUUAAAAUGUUUUGUUGUUUUCCUUAAAUUUCCAUAGAUGGUAUAUUAUAUAUAUGCAUGCAGUCAAAUCCCUUUUCUCGUUUUC